AUGACGACCGAGUGCACCUCUUCUACCGGCUUAGUGCUGCAUCAUCUCGAGCUCUCUCGUUCGAACCGAAUUCUAUUUCUGCUUGAAGAACUGCAGGUACCUUAUACGCUAAAAACCUACCGCCGAGAUGCAGUGACUCGUCUCGCUGGUCCAGAUCUGAAAUCUAUCCAUCCACUCGGACGCUCGCCCGUCCUAACCGACGGUGCGCUUACUAUCAUCGAAACAAAUAACAUCAUCUCCCAUCUGCUCACCCACUACUAUAACCCUGAACGUGUUUCACUCGGUCCUAAGUUGGGAGAAAAGACGCAGGAGAGUAUCGAUGUCGGUGGAUGGAUAGAGUUUGCAGAAGCGAGUGUAAUGUUGCAUGGAAUCGCGUUGUUUUAUGCGAUCCAAGGUGGGGCUGGGAGCCAAGAUGGUACUGCACCCGUUGAGAAAGUUGGUGCCAGGGGGUUGAAAGCUGAUUUGGAGUAUCUUGAAGCCAGGUUGAAGCAGAAUCGCGGUGUUUUGGUGAAAGGGUUUGAGUUUACCAGUGCGGAUUGUGCUAUGGUUUACAGCAUCGAUAUAGUCGGAAGGAUUCUUGGGACUAGGAGUGAGGAGUGGAGGAAGAAUUUAGGAUUGGAGAUAGGCCAAGAGACGAAAAAGUGGAUGGAGAGGUGUAUGCAACGAGCUGGCUUUCGUGCCGCUGUGCGAAAGGAAGGUGUCAAAGAGGGAGAAGAAGGGGAUUGGUUGGGAAAGUUUUUCAACCCCAACCCGCCAGCAGGAGUGGGUGAAAGGAGGAGAAGAAGCCGGUUCAGGCCGUGUAUAGACCUGCACGAAGGAGUAGUGAAGCAGAUCGUCGGCGCAACAUUGACGGAUUCGGAUUCUACACUGAAAACCAACUUUGUCGCCACCCAUCCGCCUGCGUAUUUCGCCCAACUUUAUCGCAAAUACAACCUUACCGGUGGCCACGUAAUCAAGCUCGGGCCGAGGAACGAUGAAGCUGCCACUUGCGCAGUUCAGGCUUGGCUGCAGGGUUUGCAUGUUGGCGGAGGCAUUACGGGGGAUAAUGCUCAAGAAUGGUUAGAGAAAGGGGCAGAGAAAGUGAUUGUCACAAGUUGGCUCUUCCCUGGAUGCCGAUUCUGCGUGGAUCGACUGAAAGAACUCAGCUCAAAAGUGGGGAAAGAGAAUGUGGUUGUAGACGUCUCCUGUAGGAAGCGAGGUGAUAAGUGGCUAGUGGCUAUGAACAGGUGGCAAGAUAUGACGGAUAUGGAAGUAAACCAAACCUCUCUCGACCUUUUAUCGCAAUACUGUGGAGAGUUUCUGAUCCAUGCUGCCGAUGUAGAGGGCUUGUGUCAAGGGAUAGACCAAGAGUUGGUGAAAAGGUUGGGCGAGUGGGUCAAGCUUCCGACUACUUAUGCGGGUGGAGCGAGAGAUAGAGGCGAUUUGGAGUUGGUGGAUCGCUUGAGUAAGGGCAAGGUAGAUCUCACUUUUGGGUCUGCCUUGGAUAUCUUUGGCGGCAAGGGGGUGACGCUGGAGGAGUUGGUAAGGUGGAAUGCCGAGGCGGACAAGAAGUGA